AUGACGCACUGCGGUCGAGACACAGGAUACCUCCGGGGUCCCUUAUUACUCUCUGGCCCAUUGCACUGCGUCGAGAUCCGCAGCGGGUGUCUAUCCCGCUGUUUUCCCGCUCUGCCACCUAGCAACAACGCACAGAGCCACGUGUCGCGCCCCAGCGUCGCCGUGCAAGGCAAAGCGCGUAGUGCCGUCGUCCCGGUAGCGUCAUGUGCGGCGAGGGCGGGUGGUUGUCGGGCGUGGUCGUCUGUGGGUAGGGGUAACGGGUGGCAGCAGAUGCCAGCGCACGUGGCGGGGACGAGUGAAGCUGCCGGCAACCGCCAUGCAUUCAUCCGAGCCCAGUCCGGCUCGGGAACGGCUGUCGGGAUUGUGCUGGCGUCCAUGUUGGCGUCUUACGCAGCCAAUCCGUACACAACAGGUGGCAGCAGCAGCAUCAUCUGCAGGAGCGGGCGCAGCAGCAGCCGCAGCAGAGGUGGGAGCAGGGAAAGCAGCAGAGAGAGGAGCAGUGGAGAGAGGAGUAGUGGGGAGGGGAGCAGCGGGGAGGGGAGUGGCAACACAAGCAGGGAGCUUGAGGGAGAGUCGGGAAACGUCUUAGCUGACGAUUCGUACAGGCAGGCCGUAUCGUCAACGCUCAGAGGGGCCAGCAGCCAGCCCACGCCUCCCCCUCCACCCGUGCUUGCCACCGCUUCCCCCCCCUCUGUGCUCGUGCUCUGCUCCCCUGACCGCCUGCUCCGCCUGCACUCCGAGCUGGGGAGUGCGGGAGGGGAUGGGGGCAGAGGGGAUCCGCCAUGCAGCAUCUGGACCUCUCACAGCCGUUGGAUGCUCCACAGCUCUUUGGAUCCCACCGUUCCUCGUCAUCCAUGCAGCCCUCCAUCCUGUCUGUACGUGCCCUCCCUCCAUCCUGUCUGUACGUGCCCUCCCUCCAUCCUGUCUGUACGUGUCCUCCCUCCAUCCUGUCUGUACGUGCCCUCCCUCCAUCCUGUCUGUACGUGCCCUCUCUCCAUCCUGUCUGUACGUGCCCUCCCUCCAUCUCACCCAUCACUCUCCAUACAUCCUUCCACCUCGAUCGCUCACCCAUUGUCACAUCUCUUUCUGCUUGCACCUCUUCCUGUCCCACCACUCUCUCCUGUCUUGCCCCUCUCUUCACUGUCCGCCCUGCCAACCUCUCUCACCUCCCACCCCUUUCUCGUUUCAUCCAUCUCACCCCUCUCCCUGUCCACCCUUGCCUCUGCUUCCCCCCUUUCUGCCCACCCACACCGCCCCUCCCACCAGGUGGCCUUAUUGCAGGCGAUUCACUCCUCCGCCCUCUUCUCUCCCUCCGCCCCGCCCCUCGCCCUCACUUUCCUAUCCGACUCCACCCCCCAUCGCUACCCCCUCAGCCCCGCGGCUCUCUCUGCUCUCAUCCGCCCUGCCGGACUAGAGGUCGGAGCUGGGUUGGAGGAGCAGAGAGCUGGUGCUGGGGGAAAGCAUGGGAGGGAGAGCAGGGCAGAAGUGGGGUACGAUCCAUGGAUGCAAUUCCUCAUGGGUAGUCCUGGUCCUCCCAUGGAAUUGGAUGCACCAGCAGGGAUGCAUGGUGGUGACUCCUUGACUUGCCACCGACUGCCGUGUCCGGAUUCAGAGUCAUUGGAUUUGAUGCUGCGAGCCAUGGCACGGGAUGGCCGGGACUUGUUUGACCUGCUGCGACUGGUGCGGCUCACACACGCUGCCAUGAACGGAUCACAUGCUGACAUGAACGGAUCACACGCUGCCAUGAACGGAUCACAUGCUGACAUGAACGGAUCACACGCUGCCAUGAACGGAUCACAUGCUGACAUGAACGGAUCACACGCUGCCAUGAACGGAUCACAUGCUGACAUGAACGGAUCACACGCUGCCAUGAACGGAUCACAUGCUGACAUGAACGGAUCACACGCUGCCAUGAACGGAUCACAUGCUGACAUGAACGGAUCACACGCUGCCAUGAACGGAUCACAUGCUGACAUGAACGGAUCACACGCUGCCAUGAACGGAUCACAUGCUGACAUGAACGGAUCACACGCUGCCAUGAACGGAUCACAUGCUGACAUGAACGGAUCACACGCUGCCAUGAACGGAUCACAUGCUGACAUGAACGGAUCACACGCUGCCAUGAACGGAUCACAUGCUGACAUGAACGGAUCACACGCUGCCAUGAACGGAUCACAUGCUGACAUGAACGGAUCACACGCUGCCAUGAACGGAUCACAUGCUGACAUGAACGGAUCACACGCUGCCAUGAACGGAUCACAUGCUGACAUGAACGGAUCACACGCUGCCAUGAACGGAUCACAUGCUGACAUGGACAGGGCACAUGCUGACGCAGCCAGUAUGCAUCUUGACAAGGCAGAAGGAAACCCCGCUCCUGCUGCAACUGCUCAUGAGGCAGGUAGCAGCAGCAAGCAAUCCCCUCCGCGUACCCACACCCUCAGCCCAUCAGCUUAUAGCAGCCUCAUACGCGCGUGUGUGAAUGGCGGGCAAGUGAAGGAGGCACGGAGACUGCUGAGGGACAUGGAGAGGAGAGGCGUGCCCCCCACACAGGCAUCAGUCAACAUGAUCGCUCACAUGCACUUUUUGCAUGCCGACCCUGACGCCGCCCUCUCGCUCCUGCACCAUGUGCGGGCGGCGCAGAAGCUGCCGAUGAACGCCGCCCUGCUGACGACGUAUGUGUGGGGGCUGGGGCAGGCUGGGCGGGUGGAGGAGGCGGAGGAGCUGCUGCUGGGGGCGGUGGGGGGCGGGGGGGGGAUGGUGGGGAGGAAUGGGGGGAAUGGGGGGGAAGGGGGCGAUGGGGGGGACGGGGAAGGGAUGCGUGUUGCAGCAGUGCAGCCGAAUGUGCGCACAUGGAAUGCUCUGAUGCAUGGGUAUGCCUUAAAGGGCGAUGCUGAUGCUGCUGAAGGCGUGCUGGGACUCAUGCGCGGGGAAGGAGGAGUUAUGAGCGGUGGAGAGCGGUUGGAGGCAGGAGGAGAAGGAGAGUUGGGGGUGGGAGGGAAUGUUGUUGGAGCAGGGGUUGGAGAGGAGGAGGAGGACGAGGACGGAGGGGAGAGUGAUGGGACUGCGGAAGGGUUUUGGGAUGGGGAUGAAGAGUACGAGGAGGGAGAGCGAGCGGGGGAAGUGAGAGAUGCAGAAGAAGCAGGUGAAUUCAGCAUGCGGCGAGAACACCAUUUGUGCCAUCAGCAGCAGCAACACCAACAGCAGCACGAAGCUGAGAGGCCUCCCAAGCGCAAGGCUCGGUUCCCGUGGCCCAGUGUGCGACCCAACACAGUGACGUACACCACUCUCAUGGCAGCAUAUGCAGCGGCUGGGAGGAGUGCAGAGGUGUGGGACGUGUAUCGGGAGAUGCGAUCCCUCUCCAUCCCUCCCAACCACUUCACCUUCGCUACCCUCGUCUCCUCCUGCGCCGCCCGCAGCCGCCCGGAUUUGAUUAAGUCGGUGCUCGCUGACGUGGCGGCGUGUCAGCAGCGCGCUGAUGUGGCGCUGGUGACGAGCGUGCUGGCGGGUGUGGCGGGGUGCUGCAGCGGGAAGAAGGAGGAGGCGGGGAGCGUGCUGAGGUGGUUUCUGGGGGAGGUGGAGAGUGAGGGGGGCGUGGGAGAGGCAUGUGCAAGGCUGAUCCUGGAAGACGGGCUCUCCGAUGCUCAGCUUGCUAUUCCCAUUCACCCCUCGUCUUUCCUUUGCAUCCCUAUCCCUCGCUCCUCCCAAUGCUAA